GAGAGACCUGUGGAUGCCUGUAUCCAAGCCGAGUAAGCGAGUCGUCCCCAAUCGACCGUUUCGCAUUCUCGAUGCGCCCCUCCUUCGCGAUGACUUUUAUUGCUCAACAUUGGCGUAUUCACCCACAUCCGGUAUUCUUGCUGUUGGUUUGGGUCAUCGUGUGUAUCUGUGGUCCGAAGAUCUUGGGGUACAGCAUCCUCCCCUUAGCGAUCAGCAUCCCUCCAACUACGUGACAUCUUUAGCAUUCUCCUCUGACAAUGGCGGCAAAAGUAUACUGGCUGUUGCAAGACAGUCGGGGAUGUUAUGUUUGUGGAGUGUCUUCGACGCUGAGGUCCGAUUUGAGAUUAGCCAUCCUGAGAGCAUCACAUGUGUGGCAUUCAAGCAAACCAAGUCCCGCAGAACAUCAGAACGCUUCCGCAACAUGGAAGUUGAUGUCGAGGAUCUGGCCGUGGGAGAUGACCUGGGGAACAUAUGGUAUUACUCAGUGGAGUGGCCUGAUGAUGAGAUAUGGGAUCGAUAUGACUGGAACGGAGCCAUGACCUUGCUCGCCAAAAUCGCUGCUCACACACAGCAAAUUUGUGGAAUCAGUUGGUCACCAGAUGGCUCUUUCCUUGCAACGGGGGGUAAUGACAACUUCUGUCUGCUAUUUGAGCUCCAGGCUAUUCUUCCUCCGCGUAAACUCAAUCUUUCAGUUCAAACUAAUUCGUCAUAUCGUUCCUCACACCAAUCCAUGCGCCAGUCAGGCCAGUCAGGCCAGUCAGGAGGCACAGAAGGCACAGGUUCGGCCUCUUAUCUUACAACAGAGGCUGGCAGGCUCCAUCACCGAAGACGCAGUCUCAUCGGCAACCUGCUUCCGCCCUGGGCCUUAUCAUAUGUUAGGCCUUUUACCACCUCGCUGCUGAACCAUACGGGGUCAUUGAUCUCCGGUGGUGAAAAGACAAUCAUGGUUCCAGCCAACCGUCAAAAACAUCGACUAAUCCAUGGGGCGGCGGUGAAAGCGAUUGCAUUUGCUCCUUGGCAACCAUCCCUCCUGGCCACCGGUGGAGGAUCCAACGACCGAACUAUCCACUUCUACCACGCGCCAACAGGUGCAUGUCUGGCCACUAUUCAUGUAUAUGCACAAGUGACGGGCUUGCUUUGGAGCAAAACCAGGCGGGAGAUUGUGGCUACGUUCGGGUUCGCCCAGCCAGAGCACCCCUACCGAAUUGCGGUGUUUGCUUGGCCGACUUGUGAGCAGAUUGCUGCGAUUCCUUGGGGGCCGCACGGUAGUAGCUGGGAAAGCGCAGAUAAUGACCUCGUGGUCGAUUGCGGGCGGGCACUCUGCGCUGUCAGUUAUCCUGGGAGACCCCAUAUUUUCGAGCCCGAAGCUUCGCAUGAGGUCGAAGACGAGUGCGUGUCGAGCGCAGCAAAUCAAGACCGAUUAGCCGGGCACAGCCGAUACCAGCCGAGUCGACGCCGUAUGAGUCGCGCCUUUGUACGGCCACGCGCUAAGGAGGGAGGCCUGUGGUGUUCGCGCACGAUGCACGAAGGCUGCAUCAUCGUAGCUUCAAGCGAUCAAAGCGUCAAGUUUCAUGAGGUGUGGAGCGGAUCUAAGCGAAGCACAGCUGCAGUGGCGGGCUCUUUUGGGGGCAGCGGCAUUCUCGAGGGCUUGGAAGGUCUCGAGAAAGAGGGGGAUGAAAUCAUUCGUUGAUAUCAGCGAUCCUAACAC